UCUUCUUCUAUAUCUGCCCAGGUCAUCGUCCCACCCGUGCUGUCACUCCCAUCCACUUCUCUUACCUUACUAGCACCCAACCUCCGUCUUCGGCCAUCUCCACCCCCUCUCGGAAACACUCGCCUCCUGGCAGCCUUCUCAUCUCACCCCCACCUCGAGUCACCUGCCUCAUCCCCAACGCCCAGCCAGUGCUCCUCGCAGUACCACAACACACUCUCAUCAAAGCUCACAAUCACUACCAUCUCAACACCCUGGAUCUCAUGUCUCAAGGUCAAGGCUUCCCCCUCUGACCAACUUCCCCCCGGAUCGAACCCCUCCUCUUUCCGGUUCAGCCCAGUCGGUCCAUGGCAUCCCGCAGCUCAGGCACCCCGCCACCAUCACACCACUCGGCUACCACGACCAACCGUGAAAGCUUCUUGAGCCGCAAGAAGAAGGAAAUCGUGGAUCGAUCUAUGGAUCUCUUUCAAACGUCCUUAAAUAAAUGUCUUGAUAACUCGGCUUCUUCUGCGUCCGCUGCCGCGGGUGCGGCGGCGGUGGCUCCCAAGCGGAGGGUGAAGAGGGGUAGAGAGGACGAUGUCGACGAGAGUAACCGAAGUGUGGCGGGCGGGGAUAAGGUGAAGAAGAAGAAGUUUAACCCCAAGGAGGGAAACGGGAAGACAUUUGCGUGCCCUUUCUGCAAACACGAUCCGGCCAAGUACAAGAAGACGAAGACUUGCUGCGGGCCGGGGUGGGAGGAUGUUCACCGUGUCAAGGAACAUGUCUACCGCCGACACUCGCUCAAGAACUUUUGCCCUCGAUGCUUUGAUCACUUUGACAAGCCCGAGUUGCUCAAGAACCACCAGCGGGCUGACGUCCCUUGCAAGCUGCGAGAGAAGUCGUCAGACGCCAUCACCGAGGAGCAGGAGAAGCAGCUCCGCACCAGGGCCAAGCCCCAUGCCUCGGAAGAAGACAAGUGGAAAGAGAUGUACCGGGCCAUCUUCCCCGGCGAGAAGGUCCCCUCGCCAUACUACGACUCCGAAAACGACGCCGCCUCCAAGGCCGCCAAGAGCCAGUUCCAAAACCUAGACGAGUGCAAAGAAUACCUCCGCCGCGAGCUGCCCCGCGUAGUGCGCACCGCCAUGGAACAAUACGUCAACAAGCUCUUCGAAGACAUCCAAGAGAAAGCCAACCAAAAAACCGCCGAAAUCAUCCGCGACGUCGAGACCACCAUGCUCCGCACCUUCCAGUUCCAAGCCGAGAUCUCCACCACCACCACCACCGCCACCACCACCAACCCCGACACCCUCCUCCCCCACGGCGGCGGCGGCGGCGGCGUUGGAUCCGCCAGCAGCAGCCGGCCUAGCACGCCCCCCAGCCCGAGCCCCGGAGCCGUGGAGAUCCCCAAGGUGACGCAGCUGCUGGACGGCCUGCGGGAGGACCCUGUGUACAACGAGCUGUGCAACUCGCUGCAGUAUGGGGUUGUGGACCAGGUGCUGUCGGGCGGCGGGCUGGAGUAUGGGUGUGAUACGUUCAGCAUGGACUCGGCUUACUACUCGCUGUCGGAGCAUGGGUCGUUGGGGGUUGGUGGGGGGUUUGAUUUUAUGGGGAGGUUGGAGUGAGUGAUGGGGUGGGUGUGGUGUGUGGUGGUGGUUUGGUGGUUUGGGUGGGUGGUUGGUUGUAGGAUUGGGGUGUAUGGAAUACGUUCUUUGGUGGGUUUUGGGUACUUUUUUCUUUUAUGUUUUCUUGCGCGUUUGUUGGUUUUAUGGGGUUAUGGAUGAGGUCACAGAUUGAUAGCUGGGAAGGGGCAUAGCGUUUUUAAGAAGUCGGUUUUUGGGGACAUUACCAAGGGGCUUUGGUUGCAGACAGUCUUUUGCUUAAUAUCACAAACGUCACAUUA